CUGUGACCUCACGACUCUCCUGAUUUUUAAGAGUUUCAACAUAAAACGAGGAAGUUUCAGACUGAAGUUUCUGCGUCUCUCGCUGGUUUCUCUCUGAUGACUCGUGUGUUCGUCGCUCCGUCUCUUCUGCAGCUCGUCUUCGUCCCCGUCAUGUCUCCAGCCGUCCUGCUGAGCUGCGGCGUCCUCGUCCUCGUCCUCGCCGUCCCGCCCUGCCGAGGUCAAGGAAGUGACUGCAGCUGCAACGCCACCAACAGCCGCUGUGAUGAGGCCGGAGUCUGCAGGUGUGACCCGGGUUGGGACGGCGAUCAGUGUGAGCGCUGCGUGCCAAUGCCGGGCUGUCGUCAUGGCAGCUGUGAGCAGCCGUGGCAGUGCCGGUGCGCGGCGGGCUGGGCCGGGCGCUUCUGCGACAAAGACCUGAUGAUGUGCGCGGAGCAGCAGCCGUGUCAGAACGGAGCGACCUGUGUGAUGGAGGACGGCGGCGAGUACGCCUGUCUGUGUCCCGAAGGCUUCCACGGCAGAGACUGCGAGCUGAAGGCCGGCCCGUGUCACCAGAGGAGGUCUCCGUGUAAAAACGGCGGUCUGUGCGAGGACGCUGACGGCUUCGCAGCGGAGUUGUGGUGCCGCUGCCUGGCGGGCUUCACGGGGCCGCGCUGCGAGAGCGACGUGGACGACUGCCUGAUGAGGCCGUGUGCCAACGGCGCCACCUGCCUGGACGGCGUCAACCGCUUCUCGUGCCUCUGCCCCACCGGCUUCACCGGACGCUUCUGCACCGUGAACCUGGACGACUGCGCCAGCCGGCCCUGCCUCAACGGCGCCCGCUGCUUGGACCGCGCCGGAGGCUUCCACUGCAUCUGCAGGCCCGGCUACACCGGGGCCACCUGCGAGACGCCGCAGAGGAGCCGUGAGCCCAGCUGGACGACGCUGGGAUGGGAGGGAGGAGGCGGGGUCAGACCUCACCUGACCACGGGGGGGAAGGACCAGAGAACCACCACCGGCGGUGGGAACAGCAGCCGUCAUGGCGACAGGCUGUUUAAAGUGACGGUGAGCGAGCGCAGCGGCGCUGGCCUGACAGAGGUGCAGCUCAUCGUCCUGCUGGUGCUGGCGGGGACGACGCUGGCGGUGGUCAUGCUGACCGCCGCCCUCGUGCUGCAGGGUCGCUGCAGGGACUGUGGCCACGCCCCCUGCUGGCAGCGGACAUCAUCACGGCAGCGACAGAAGAGUGGCCGGCGAGCGCGACGGGACGAGCAUGAGUGUCAGAUCAGCUUCCUGAACGUAGCAGAACCAGAGAAGAAGAAACUGAACACUGAGGUCAUUUAGGCUGAGCAGUGUCUGAGGGGCGGAGCCAAAGGAAGCUGACUGGUGUUAAUAUACAAAUGAACAAAUAUCAUAAAUAUUCAUUAUGUGAAUGAAACAAACACAUUCUUCUUCUCUGGCCGCUGCCUACAUUACCCACAGUGCACCUCUCCUCUAAAGAGUCACUGGACGUUUGUGUCCCGUUAGCGAGUUGAGGACCGGCGCUGUGUUGAAACACGCCGACAAACUGUUUGCACUGUCGUCCCGACAGAAACAGAAAGUCUUCAGCCUGGAAGCAGUUCUUAAAGCUCCCUGAAUCACCUGCAGAUAGACGGACUUCAUGUUUAAAUCCAUGUGAUGGGAGUUGCAGAACAUUUUUCACACCUCUUUUUUUUUUUCAUUUAAAUAAAUUUCAUAAAUUUUAUUAACUUUAACUGUAUUUUAAACAUUAAAAACAAAACA